AUGGUCAACCCCAGCAAAACUUGGGUUGCUUACCUCGCACUUGGCUUUGUUGAACCGAGUCUUGGGCUGUAUGACAAGCAGAGUCAACGCGUAGGCUACAACCCCCUCGUCAAGCAAUGGAACGGCCCCGACUCGAACCUCACCGCAACCCUGCACCUCGUUGAUCCUAGCUACGUCUCCGUUUUCGAGAAACGUCGCCAGAUCGACCUUCUGACAUGGGCUACGGUGGCCGGAGCCGCUGGCGCUACAAUUAUGGCUUCCGAGUCAGCAAUGAAUAUCUACAAGGGGAUCGCUGAUAUUAUCAAGAGCAAGUCGAACCAUAAUUCUUGCUCCAUGACAACUGGCACCGACUCGAACGGACAUAUGAUUGAGGGCUAUGCGUACCUGGCGACCACCAGUGGCCAUGAUUGCAAGACCACGGCCGAGACGAAAACUAUCCUGGCGGCGGUCAAGGACUGUGCUGAUUGGCAGCAUAAACAUGGAGCUAUUAUGGGCUGUUGUGUGCUGUCUCACGGCGGAACUUGGAAAGGCCAUCUGCGUCUCACGUCUCAGCCUAACAAGUACCCAGCACAUGCGGUGAACUGCGACUAG